AGGUGCCCUCAGACAUAGUUUUGAAGACGAGAAACUCGAAAAUGUGCGACGAUCACCACCACCACCAUCACCACCCCGAUCACCAUGAUCACCAUCACCACCACGAUCACCACGACCAUCACCAUCCACCACCACCGCCAAAUCCAAUAGUGCACAUCGAAACUUAUCAUGAUGGUCCUCCGCCACGCUGCUGGGAAGACAAUUGCCAAAAUCGAGAGUGCCGUUAUCAUUUUGGGCAUCACCAUCAUCAUCAUCCCUGUUGAAAAGGAUUUUGAAUGGACGUCAGUUGGUUUUGUAGAAUAGAAUAUAAGUUUAUUGUGAUUGAAUAAGACACAAAAUGACUGCAUACCGUACCUUUUCAUACUACCAUAUAAUGAAUAUGAAUUUUUAUAAAGUGAAUAUUAAAACCGACUUGAAUUGAU